AUGGCAAAAAAAGAUGAAGGAUAUGCCAUUGGAAUAGACCUUGGAACUACGUACUCUUGUGUUGGUGUGUGGCAAGAACAACAUGGUAGAGUUGAGAUUAUUCACAAUGAUCAAGGCAACAAAACUACUCCUUCUUUUGUUGCUUUUACUCAAGAUCAUCAAAGAUUGAUUGGUGAUGCUGCUAAGAAUCAAGCUGCCACUAAUCCACAAAACACUGUCUUUGAUGCUAAGAGGCUCAUUGGUAGGAAGUUUAGCGAUUCUAUAAUACAAAAAGAUAUGAUGUUGUGGCCAUUCAAGGUCAUUGCGGGUGUGGAUGACAAACCAAUGAUUUCCCUCGAUUACAAGGGACAUGAGAAGCACUUUAGUGCGGAGGAAAUCUCGUCUAUGGUACUUACAAAGAUGCGGGAGAUUGCAGAGGCAUUUUUGGUAUCUCCGGUUAAGAAUGCUGUCAUUACUGUCCCGGCUUAUUUUAAUGAUUCGCAGCGAAAAGCCACUAUAGAUGCAGGUGCCAUUGCUGGUCUUAAUGUUUUGAAGAUAAUCAAUGAACCAACCGCUGCAGCGAUUGCAUAUGGCCUUGAAAAGAGAAGUAAAUAUGUUGGAGAGCGGAAUAUUUUUGUCUUUGACCUCGGUGGUGGGACUUUUGACGUGUCUCUUCUUACCAUUAAGGAUGAUGUCUUCCAAGUGAAGGCCACGGCUGGAAACACUCACCUCGGGGGAGAAGACUUUGAUAAUAGAAUGGUGAGUUACUUUGUAGAGGAGAUCAAAAGGAAGAAAAAGUUGGACAUUAUUGGGAAUCCAAAAGCCUUGCGGAGGUUGAGAACUGCGUGUGAGAAGGCCAAACGAACACUUUCUUUUGCUAACGUGACCAAUGUUGAGGUAGAUGCUUUAUUUCAGGGUGUUGAUUUUUCUUCGUCAAUCACUCGUGCCAAGUUUGAUGAAAUCAAUAUGGAUCUUUUUGAGGAGUGUAUGGAGACUGUUGAGAAGUGUCUUACUGAUGCUAAGAUGGACAAGAGUAACGUUGACGAUGUUGUCCUUGUUGGUGGAUCUUCUAGGAUUCCUAAAGUGCAGCAACUAUUGCAAGACUUCUUCCAUGGGAAGGAAGUAUGCAAGGGCAUCAACCCUGACGAGGCUGUUGCUUAUGGUGCAGCGGUUCAGGCCGCUUUGUUGACUGGAAGCUUUAACAAAAGUUUUCACUUCAUCGUUUUCAUAAUGGCAAAAAAAGACGAAGGAUGUGCCGUUGGGAUAGACCUUGGAACUACGUACUCAUGUGUUGCUGUGUGGCAAGAACAGCAUGGUAGAGUUGAGAUUAUUCACAAUGAUCAUGGCAACAAAAUUACUCCUUCUUUUGUUGCUUUUACUCAUGAUCAUCAAAGAUUGAUUGGUAAUGCUGCUAAAAAUCAAGCUGCCAUAAAUCCUGAAAACACUGUCUUUGAUGCUAAGAGACUGAUUGGCAGGAAGUUUAGUGAUCCUAUUGUUCAAAAAGAUAUAAUGUUGUGGCCAUUCAAGGUCAUUGCAGGUGUGAAUGACAAACCAAUGAUUUCCCUCAACUAUAAAGGGCAAGAUAAGAGCUUCUGUGCCGAGGAAAUCUCGUCUAUGGUACUCACAAAGAUGAGGGAGAUUGCAGAGGCGUAUUUGGAAUCACCUGUUAAGAAUGCUGUCAUUACUGUCCCGGCUUAUUUUAAUGAUUCGCAGCGAAAAGCCACUAUUGAUGCUGGUAUCAUUGUUGGUCUUAAUGUUUUGAAGGUAAUUAAUGAACCAACUGCUGCAGCUAUUGCAUAUGGCCUUGACAAGAGAAUUAACUGCGUUGGAGAACGGAAUAUUUUUGUGUUUGACCUUGGUGGUGGGACUUUUGAUGUGUCUCUUCUUACUAUUAAGGAUAAGGUCUUCCAAGUUAAGGCUACUGCAGGAAACACUCACCUUGGAGGAGAGGACAUUGAUAAUAGAAUGGUGAACUAUUUUGUAGAGGAGAUCAAAAGGAAGAAAAAGUUAGACAUUAUUGGGAAUCCAAAAGCCUUGAGGAGGUUGAGAACUGCGUGUGAGAAGGCAAAACGAACACUUUCUUUUGCUAAUGUGACCAAUGUUGAGGUGGAUGCUUUAUUUCAGGGUGUUGAUUUUUCUUCGUCAAUCACUCGUGCCAAGUUUGAUGAAAUUAAUAUGGACCUUUUUGAUGGGUGCAUGGAGAUUGUCGAGAAGUGUCUUACUGAUGCUCAAAUGGACAAGAGUAACGUUGACGAUAUUGUCCUUGUUGGUGGAUCGUCUAGGAUUCCUAAAGUGCAGCAACUAUUGCAAGACUUCUUCCAUGGGAAGGAAGUAUGCAAGGGCAUCAACCCUGACGAGGCUGUUGCUUAUGGUGCAGCGGUUCAGGCCGCUUUGUUGACUGGAAGCUUUAGCAGUGUUCCAAAAUUGGUUCUGAUGGAUGUUGCACCACUGUCUCUUGGUUGGAAGUUAAUAAAUGAUGUCAUGGCUUUUGUAAUUCCUAGGAACACUUCUAUUCCUGUCAAGAAGACAAAACAAUAUGUUACGAUUAAAGAUGAUCAGUUGAAAGUUUUGAUUGAGGUCUACGAGGGUGAGAGACCAAAAGCAACUGAUAAUCAUCUUCUUGGUUCCUUCAUUCUUUCUGGUUUAACCCCUGCUCCUCGUGGCCAUCCUUUCGAUGUGUGCUUUAAUGUUGAUCAAAACGGUAUUUUAACCGUUUCUGCCAUCGAUAACUCAACUGGUAGCAUGAAUGAAAUUACAAUAACCAAUAACAAGGGAAGGUUGUCAACUGAAGAAAUUAAAAGAUUGAUUCAAGAAGCUCAAGAUUUCCGUAUUGAAGAUAAGAAAUUCUUAAGAAAGGCGGAAGUAAUGAAUGCACUGGACCUCUGUAUUUACAAAGUGAGAAAUGAGUUGAAGAAGAAGGAUAUUAAUCUAAAGCUCUCUUCAGAAGAAAACAAGAAGGUCAAGGAUGCAAUUACAAUGGCUACAGAUUUGCUUGAUGAGAAUGAGCAACAGAAUGGAAUUGAUGUUCUCGAGGAUCACCUGAAUAAGCUUGAGAGUAUGUAUCAGCGCAUUAUAGCCAAAUCCUGA